ACAAGUCAAAGUACGAUAUUCUCCCUUGACCGGUACGAUAACUUGGGGCCGGUGGGAGGAGAGGCGUUGGGGAGCGGUUCAUUAGUGUAAACAAACCGAGGUGACGCCGGCCAUCUGUACCCUCUCUUGACACAAUGGUCUUAAGUGCAUUAAAGAACCUCUACACCACCACAUUUAGCCAAGCCAGUUCCCCUGAGUCGGCUAUACUGGCUGUUGGAAAUAAUGAUGGAAAAAUUGCUGUUUUUGAUUUAUCAGGUGUUAAUGCUAGUCGAGAAACAAGUGUUGGUGAACGGCUGGGAGGACCAUGCAGGAUAAUUAAUGCUCAUAGUGAUGCAGUAUACUCCAUGGUGUCUACAGAUGCUUUCUGCAUUUCAGGAACCACAGGUUUAGUGACAGGUCGUCGAUGGGAUGAAUUGCAGCAGCAACAGUCCCAGGCAGCAUGGACAAUAUCUUUGGAGUGUGAUCAAGCCAAUUUUGGGACCCCUGAGGUAAACAGUCUAGCAUAUGAUCCUGGAAGGGGUCUUGUAUAUGCAGCCUGUGGUGAUUGGCGCACUCAUGUGUUUGAUCUAGAAACUGGUAAAUGUACACAGACACUGGAAGGACAUGAUGACUAUGUACAUGAUGUGGUUACAAGUGGUAACUUGGUUGCCAGUAGUGGUGAGGAUGGUCAGGUGCUGGUGUGGGAUCCUCGGGCAGGAAGGGAGCCUCGACACAAAUUGGCACCCCACACCCAUGAUCAGCUAGCUAGACCACAUCUUGGCAGAUUCAUAUCAUCUCUUGAUCUCUACAAUGACUGGCUGGUAUGUGGAGGAGGACCACGAGUGGGAAUAUUUCAUUUGAGAUCCCUGGCUUUAACAACAGUUUUGCCCUCUGCCAAGUCAGCCAUCCAUGCCACUAAAUUCACAAGACAUGCAGAAGGUGGUGAUCGAGGUGGAAUAGUGAUAGCAGGUGUAUUACCUCACCUGUGUGUGUGCAGCAUGGCUGGAGUAGUGACAGCUCAGCUUCCAUCUUCUUCUCCAUGUAUAUACACAGUUAAUGUGACUGACAAGCCUUUCACGAUGAUGACAUAUGGUGGAACAAGCACAAAAAUUGAUGUCUGCUUCAAUCUAAAUUAUCGUGAUCACACAGUAUCUCUGCUUGAAGAUUAACUGACAAGCAAACAUUGUUAGAUUUCUUAGGCUGCCAGCAAUGUUUGUUGUUCUUUUAUAAGAUCUUGUUGCAGCUGAAGUGAAGUGUUUUGUGGAUUUUGUCUUUCAACCUAAAAUGAUUCUAAACUAAAUAGGAUAGUACAGACAUGCAAGCCUUACAAGACCAACGCCUUCAGCACCAUGGUGAGGUAUUUUUUAUUAAUUUUUUUUAAGUGACAGACCCCUUACUCUUAUUCCUCAUUUGUUUGAGUCUUGUUAUGGAAAUGUUAUAGGUUUGGAUAGGCUUCUGAACCUAACCAGUAUCCAAAAUUUGGUUCAAAAUAAGUUAGAAGCGUCACACAUAUUGUUAGAGCAAUUAGGAUAUAUUUUUGUAUAGAUUUCUCAAUGUCAGUACCUGUAUGGUUGUUUAAAAUUUUAAAAUUUUUGUAUGGUCAUGAACCUCACUGUUCCAAAGGAAAUAAGUGUAAUUUCUUUCUUCUUGAGGUCAUAUAUGCUACAGUAGUUCAAAAGCUUGUCACUCUUCUCUGGGACCAGAAUUAACUAUACAUUUACAUAAAACAAUACAGGUAUACCUCUUAGUGCUGUAAAUACAUUUCUGAAAAAAAUACCCCAGAGUACUAUCAGAAACAACUCUUUAGGAGGUUCCAAAGUGAUCAUUCACAACAACGGUUUCUUACCUAUGAGUGAUGUAGGAGCACUUCCGUAGGCAUCAGUAAUAGCACUGAUAUUGAUACUGUACACAAGAUAUGUACUUAAAAAAAUUAUAAAUAAGAAAAUAUUAUUUUUAAUGAUUACCUGGUCAGAGCUUGUGUAAGUUUGAUCACCAUCUGCCAUCACUACGACUUUCUCAAACCCAGAAAAAUCCCCCAUCCCCGGAAAUAUUUCCGGUCACUGGAAAAAAACAUUCCGAGUAUCUAAGCUAUGCAUCUUGCACAGACAAACACUAGCCCACAUCCUCAGAAUGUUUCUGUAUACUGGGGAGUUUUCCAAGAGUCUAAACUAAAAAUCUAUAUCAUAUGGUCGGGAAUGAAGCUGUGUGUAAAAGCAAACACUGGUAUUUUCCACUCCCUUGGAGCUGUGGGGGAUUAGUGGGUCUCGUGUAACUGACCUGACACAAAGUCAGGUGGAGGCAGGGUGGGGUAUUAGUGAUCUCAUAUUACUGACCUUCUGAUACAAUGUCAGGUCACCCAUUGUCGAGUGGGGUAUUAACGGGUCUGAGGACCUGAAGAUGUCUUGAAUAAACAUGAAAGCUAAAA